AUGUGUCAGUCAGUCUAUAACGACCGUACAAAAAAGUGGCUGUCUUCCGUUAAUCAACAUCAUUAUCAUCAACUCAAUAUGGCUGAUGCACCAGAAGCAAGUAUUUCAUCAGCAACAGAAUUGCUUGCAGCAGGAAGGCGAAAUCUUGCAGUUAGAGAUUACAAUGCAGCCGCUGAAGCUCUUGCAAAAGCCUGUGAAAUUCUUGCUAAAGAACAUGGUGACACUGCCGAUGAAUGUGCUGAGGCGUACUUAUGGUAUGGUAAAGCUCUUCUAGGACUUUCAAGAGAAGAAAGUGGAGUCCUCGGAGAUGGUGUGCCAGGAACCAGUAAUGGUGAUGAUGAAGAAAGUGAUGACAACAAUGAAGACCAAGAAGAAACUGCUGAAGAAGAUCAGAAUGGACAGAUGGAAACUGAAACAAAACCCAAACCAGAUAAAGAGAAAGAAAAUGCUGAAUAUAUCAGCACUACUGAAGUUGAAGUAAAGAAGAUAGAAGCUGAAUCAACAACUAAAGAUGAUGAACCAAGUAGCAGUUUGUCAAUGAGUAAACCAGAACAGGGCACCUCGAACGGGCAGGCGGCGGAGGAGUGCGAAGCGGAGGAGGUGGACAACCUGCAGCUGGCCUGGGAGAUGCUGGAGCUGGCGCGCGGCAUCCUGGUGCGGCGGGGCGGGGGCGGCGGCGGGGCGCUGCUGGCCGACGCGCUGCUGGCGCUCGGCGAGGUGGCGCUCGAGAGCGAGACCUACGACAAGGCCGUGCUGGACAUGAUGAGCUGCUUGGAGAUUCAGAAGGACCUGUACCCGAGUGACGACAGGCGUAUUGCAGAAACACAUUACCAAAUUGGGCUUGCCAAUUCUCUUGCAUCAAACUUUGAAGAUGCCAUCACACAUUUUAAGAAUGCAGCUAACAUUUUGGAAACGAGAAUCAAAAGUCUUGAAAAUGUUAAUGCUGCAGAAGAUGCAACUGUAAAGAAAUACUCAUCAUCUGACCCAUUGUAUUCAAUUGAAGGAGAGAUCAAGGAGUUGAAGGAAUUACUACCAGAAAUACAUGAAAAAAUUCAAGAUAUGAUGGAUUAUAAAGCAGAGGUAAGACCAUGUGAUUGCCUUGAGGAUACCAGGAGAAUGCUGCGAGGUCUCAUUCUUAAGGAGCGGGAACGUUCCUCUGUUAUUGUUCAAAUA